GGUCUGCGAGGUUGGAGCGAAAAUUGAAUUUCUGCAGCUGCCUGCCACAGGUAAAGAUUAUUCUUUGAAAACAAGUUGCUACUAGACUCACUGACUGAAGCAGGAAAGUUCGGACCUUGAGUGAAGUAUACACGAGAGAGCAAUGGCCACAAGCACACUAAGAAGACAGAAUGGCAAUUGGACAAACAUAUUCCCAAACAAGCAGUCCACAGAGCAACAGUCAGCUCUCUUUGUUAAGAAACUCCUAGCUGUGUCCAUAUCCAACAUCACUUACCUGAGGGCCAUCUUCCCUGAGCAUGCAUUUGGAGACCGGUGCCUUGAAGAUGUAGGUCUUAAGAUCCUCCGUGAUGACAGUGCGUGUCCUGGAGCUUGUCAGGUCAUUCAAUGGGUGAAAGGUUGUUUCGAUGCCCUGGACAAGAAAUAUCUUCGAAUGAUUCUGAUAGGGAUCUACGCUGAUGCUACAAAUCCAAAUACUGUAUUGGAGACGUACACAUUCAGGUUUGACUACAACACCACAACAGGGAUCACCAUAUUCAGGAAUGAACAAGAGUUGGUCAGUGCAUUCUCACCCACAGAGACAAGGAAGGCAACUGUUCAACUUCUUCGCACUAUCGUGGUGCUCACCCAAACUCUCAAGCCCUUGCCUGAUGAUGUCAUGAUGACCAUGAAGCUAUUCUAUUAUGACGAUGUGACUCCUGAAGACUAUGAACCACCAGGUUUCAAGCCCACUCCUGCUGACGAGGAAAUAGAGUUCAAAGAUGAGCCAGUCACUAUCAAAGUUGGAGAUGUCUCCACGGCUUUCCAUACUUGUAAUGUCAGAGUGAAGCUCAGGAUCCGUACAGACAGCAAACAGUUUGACAUGGUGAAUCCGGGCCCAAGUAGUGUGACACAGAACCCUCAGACUCAACCAACAGAGGUGCUGCCUCAAGAGCAGACUGCUCAGCCUGGAGGAGUGACUGUAGCAGUUGAGCCGACAGACCAAGAGCAAGCAACUCCUAUGAUCAGUCCAUCUGAGGCUGGCACCAGUACUAGUGCAGAAGUUGAAGAGGACAAUGAAAUCCGUUGCCCUUGCGGCUGUAAUGAAGAUGACGGACUGAUGGUGUGGUGUGAAGGGUGCAAGGUUUGGCAGCAUGCAGUCUGUUUUGGGGCCCUGCUCGAGUCAGAGGUGCCUGAGCUACACAUCUGUGAGCAGUGUGCCCAGAGCUCUGAAGGCAGCUUCAAUGCUAAGCCCUGCACAGACCCAUUCUUGCAGUUCCUCAAUCCAGUUGCCUUACAGGCUACUACUCUGUGGAGGAGGGCACUGGCUGCUAGCGUGGAGUUCACGAGGAUCCCUACACAACUAUUGGCCAAAAGAUUGGGAGUAGAGUUGUCAGUAGCCCAAGGCCUCAUUAAUAGAAUGGAGAAUGAAGGCUACAUCAAACGAAAACGACAAGGCAAGGUGGUGGACAAGGAGAAGGUUCUCAAUGAAGGCAUUCCGAAAUAUUUCGAGAAAAACAAGAAAUCAGAAUUGAAUCAAGGCUCUGUAUCCAGCAGUGCCAGUGUGGCGCAGGUCACAGAACAAGCUUCUACUCUCAGCCUCAUUGAGUCAACUGUGACCCCUCGAACAAGGUCCAGCGGUUCAAAGAAGAAAACAUCUCUGCUGCCACAACAUGUUAAAACUGAUGAUGUGAGGCGAUCGCCACGUUUGCAGCUAAAGAGAGCACGAUCGACAGUAGAUCAGGACGUUGAAUUUGAUCUGAGCCAAGACCAGGAAUCAAUGAUCAGCAAGUCUCAGAGCAAGAAGAGAAAGAAGGCUAGUGUUGUAGCCAAGUCCAUCGUGGUCUGAACACCCCUAGCCAGUUGAACUGACAACAGAAAGCUUACACGUACAUCUAUUUAAAUACUACUGAUCAUGACGAUUGUCAGUCCUGAUUUAUAAUUAUCAUCAAAUCAUCAUAAUUAGCUUAAUUUCAUCAAAAACAAUAAUACAUCAUUUAUUAUUAUCUCCAUAACAAUA